AUGGCCCCUGCGAGGAAGGGAACUGAGAGGCGGCAUAACCCAGUGGAAAGCAUUUGUAGAAAAAUCAGAGCCAUCCAAAAGAGAGACGAGCUUCCAAAUCCAAGUCAACAGAUCAUCAAAUACCAAUCUAGCAGCUUUGAUAGUCCGCAGACUAACACCAGGAAAGAUUUUGAAGAGGUACUGAGGAGGAUGACUGCCUCUCGCCUUCCUACAACCAACACUCACUUCUCAGGCUCUGAGAAAGAUGACGCCUUCGCUUCAUCUCCUCAAACUGUGUCUCCAAGAACCCCAGCCACCUCUCAUCUCAGCUCCCCUGAGAAUUCAAUAUACCCUGUCCUCACAAGUCCUGAAAACAUCUCAAGGCUGAGAACCCAGAGCGCCCAGAAUUAUGUAUCCUUGGUGUCGCAGAUCAGAAAGGGGGAGCCCUUCUCUAACAAGGAUUUGAAUAACUGUCGUAAUGAAAACCAUUUUAGCACCUUAAAACUUGACUUUGAUUCCACCUCUGAUCAAAGCUCAGAAAUUUUUACUCCUCAGGAUUCAGUGGUGAAAAAAUGGUCUCUGAAUGAAGAUGGAUGGAAACUAGGAGCCGAUGACAGCAAGGAAGGUGUAACAGACAGCAUUACCAGGACCUGUGAAAGGUUCUUCACAGGCAUUUUUCAUGCAUGUGACACCAAAUGCAGGGGCUCAGUAAGAAUUGCCAAAAUAAUAGAUUACCUAAGACAAACAACUAGUCAAGAUUAUGAAGACGGUGGCUUUGAGGAAUUAUGGAGGAUGCUUGAUCCUGAAAAGAGAGACCUGCAUGUGGACCUGGAAACUUUCCAUGUCAUCAUGAAAGAAUGGAUGACUUGCUGUAAGAACAAAUGGGAAGGAGUGAAUAGUGGAUCAGGCCGCAGCAUUGACAAUUCUGCUCUUGAACAGGACAGCAUGAAAUCCGGGCGAGCAAUUAAGAUGACUACAGAUGUAACAGAGUCUGCAUCAGGGAGCUUCGAGGCUUUGGGCGGAGACGUGUCUAGAGGAGUCUUAGAGGUGUCUGAUUUGAUUGCCUACGUAGCAGACCUGCAUGUCAACAAGCAGAAGCUAGAGGAGGAGAACAGUAAGUUGAAGCUGGCCUUGGAAACCUUGGAAGAAGAUAACAGCCGCUUAUCAGAGGACUGUGCUGAAUUGCGCCUUCAGAUAAAAAGUGCCCACCAGGCUAUUAUGAGAGCAAAUCUAUUACAAGAAGAACUAGAGGAACUGAAAACUAGUAUGAAUGCUUCAGAAGAGCAGAAGACCACAAUUGUAGCCCAGAACAAACAAUUAGAGACAGAAAACCGGGCUCUGAUUCUUAAGAUUCGGACUCUCCAAGAGGAGAAUACAAAGAACAUUAUGGAUAUAUAUGCACUGGAAAAGAAUAUUGAGGAAUUGUCUAAAACUGAGACAGAGUACCAAAUGCAGUUACACAUGUAUGAGAACACUUUGCUUAAUAAAGAUGCAUGUUUGCAGAAGAAGGAUUUAAGCAUAGAAGAACUUAAGUCAACCAUCAUAGAAUAUGGAAGCAUUAUAGAGAAUUUACGAGGAGAAAAAGCCAAACUGGCUCAUGAGUUACAGCAGUUGGAACAGGAACUCAUCAUGAAUGGGAUCCAGUUGAAUGUUAGUGGAGAACAGAAGAACAUCAUCUCUAAAGGAGAAAAGUCUUUACAUUGUGAGCUCACUCUUGCUCGGUCUUCAGAGAACAUGGAGACUGAGUGUCAGUGCUGUUUACUCAGCUUGUCAGCUCUGGACAUAGAAACGCUGCUGUUACUGAGGGAACUCGGACAGAAGGGAGUGGGAUUCACAGCGACUCUUCAGAAGCUGCACGAGGAAGUUUCUGAAGUGGACACCCUCAUCGACAGCUGUCUACAGCGGGUAAAUAAUCCAGAAAUUGCUGUGAAAGAAAAGUGGGAAGACAAGCUUACUGAAUUCAAAUAUGCCAUGGAAGAGAAUCUAAAUCUUUGCAUAUUAAUGCUGACGAGCUUGGAAAACCACAAAGAAUCUCUUGAUAAAGAGUUUGUCAAAUUGAUAGAGAUUUUGAAGAGAUUCAGGCUGGGAUAUUUUUAUUUCAGAAAAGAAUAUCUUUCCAGGUGA